UGGGGGGCAGGGCCACUUCCUGUGGGGCUCAUAAAGAGUGGGCUCAGAAGUUAGGCAGUCAUCCCCUCCCCUGAAGGACACCGUGGGUGACAAACAUGUACUACAGAGAACCUUUGAAACAGGAAAGAUGUUGAGAAGUUCCAUCUAAAGAAAAGAAGAAAAUGAAGCAACUCAGUCACCCUAAUUUUAAACCAGUGUUUGCUGAAAUGCGGUUCUCAGGGUUCCAGGCUCAGAAUCACAUGAGGAACGGUGCCUGGAGUGAAUGAGCCCCGUGGAGAACACUCUUCUGCAUCUUUUGAAGAAAGCCAGCCCUGCCCAGAGGCACAGAACACCGCACAGCCUGGCCCAGGGGGUGUCUUCUGCACAGGAAGGUACCUGUGUUCCCUGAGGCUUCCGGAAGCUACCUCAUGCUUGGGAGAUCGCACUAGCCAUGGCCCUUACGCUCAGCGUCCUGCUGCUGCUGCUGCUGCUGGCGCUGGGCAGGAGCACCGACUCAGGAGAGCAACCUGCACCCACAGACAGCCCCAUGCAUCUGCAUUAUGAACUGCCUCCAGUGACAUAUGAGACCCCAGCCUCCUACUCAGCCGGGCCCAUCUCCAUUCUCUUCCAAAUGGUGCACCUCUUUGUCCACGUGGUCCAGCCCAACAGCUUCCCUGAAGAUAUUGUCAGAAAAAUCAUAAAGAAGGAGUUUGAACUCUCAGCUGAUUACGACAAGGUUAUCUACUAUGAAAUGGGCGUUAUCAUCUGUGCUGUCCUGGGACUGCUGUUCAUUAUUCUGAUGCCAGUGGUGGGGUACUUCUUCUGUCUGUGCCGUUGCUGUAACAAGUGUGGUGGAAAAAUGCACCAACGACAGAAGGAAAGUGGCCCCUUCCGGAGGAAAUACUUUGCAGUCUCCCUCUUGGUGAUUAGUAUAAUUAUAAGCAUCGGCAUCUUGUUUGCCUUUUUUGCCAACCUUCAUAUGAGGACCAGGAUCCAAAGGACGCAGAAACUGGCAGACAGCAAUUUGAAUGACUUUCGAACGCUCCUGGACCAAAUUCCAAAGCAAGUUGACUAUAUAGUGGAUCAGUUCAAUGUCACCAAGGAAAGAGGGUUCUCCGAUCUGGACAAUAUUAAUAAAGUGCUCGGAGAAAAUAUUCGAGACGUACUAGGAUCUAAAGUGAUCCCUGUUCUUGAUGAGGUCAAGGCCAUGGUCACAGCCAUCAAAGAGACCAAGGCGGCCCUGGAGGACAUGGAGAGCAGCGUGCAGAGCCUAAAGCAGGCAAGCGAACAUCUGAACAACAACCUGACCACUGUGAAAAGAAACAUGGAGGUGACGCUCAGUAGCAGCGAGUGCAGUUCAGAGCCAAUGCAGCAGAUCUGCGACAACAUCAGGGCGAGUCUAGGCCAGCUGGAGGGCACCCCCGGCCUGGACGAGCUCCCAUCUGUGGAAUCAGAACUUAAAAACAUUGAUGAUAUUCUUGCGACCAAUUUGGAUGACCUAGUCGAUCAGGGCUAUGCAUUCUUUGACAAUAUACCAGAGGAUGUGAAAGCACAAACUGAGGGGAUCAUACGAGAUGCCAAACGUCUCCUGAAUGGUGUUAGUUCAGAGAUCAAGAAGGUUGCUAAAAUGCUUCCUAUUCAGGGUAUGCUGUCCAAUGUCACUGGUUAUAUCAAUGACACUGAAACUUACAUUCACCAGAAUUUGCAGAAGGUGGAAACAUAUGACUCAUACUGGUGGCUGGGGACCUUGAUUACCUGCUUCCUCCCAACCCUCAUCGUGGUCUUUUUCUACCUGGGCUUGUUCUGUGGCGUUUGGGGCUUUGACGAGCAUGCCACCCCGACAAGCAGAGGCUGCGUGUCCAACACGGGAGGCAUCUUCCUCAUGGUUGGGGUUGGAUUCACUUUCCUCUUUUGCUGGCUAUUGAUGAUCCUCGUCGUGCUUACUUUUACCAUUGGUGUCAAUAUGCAAAAAUUGGUCUGUGAGCCUUAUGCAAAUAGGCAGUUAUUCCAGAUUUUGGACACCCCCUACUUACUAAAUAAGGAAUGGGAGUAUUAUAUCUCUGGCAUGGUGCUCAAAAACCCAAAUGUUAAACUCACUUUUGAACAAGUUUACAGUGAUUGCAAGAAUGAUAUAGGCAUUUACACCACACUUAAGCUAGACAAUUUCUUCAAUGUCAGUGAGCACCUCAACAUUGAGAAGUAUACUGGAAACAUAAGCAGUAAACUUGAAAAUAUGAAUUUAAAUUUUGAUAAAACUGUUCUGCUGGAUGAAGAAACAAGAAAAAAGCUUCAGACCUUUGCGAAUUCUGGAAUACAGGGUAUAGAUUUUGACGCCUUCUUGACUCAGACUGAUCAAGCCCCUGUAAAAGUGAAUCUCUUAUCAUUUGCAGAUGACCUAGAAGAAAAAGUCAACCCUUUGCCCUCAGGAAACGUGAAAGAUGACCUCCAAGGCCAAGCAGACACAAUUAGAAAGAUUCACUAUGAACAAGUCCUUCCCAUGGAGCAGUCACUGAGCAAUUUAAAGGAAACUGUCAUGACAGUUCAACGUACAAGCAGUGGAUUGCAGGACAAAGUGAACAAUGUCCUUGACUCUGUGGAUUCUGCUCAGAACUUUAUCGAAAACAAUACUGAGGAUAUUAUUGCUGAAGAAGUUAAGAAGUAUGCGAAAAUAUUACUAGGGCACUUUGAACGUUAUAUUCAGUGGGUCAAGGAAACUAUCACUGAGAAAAUGGGGUCCUGCAAGCCCGUGGCCACCGCCCUGGAUUCUGUCAUUAAUGUCGUUCUGUGUGGCUACAUUGUCCACCCUCUGAAUUUGUUUUGGUUUGGCAUAGGACAAGCGACUAUGUUAUUACUUCCGGCUGUAAUCUUUGCUGUGAAGCUGGCUAAGUACUAUCGUCGAAUGAACUCAGAGGAUGUCUAUGAUGACGGUGAAAUUCUACCCAUGAAAACUAUGGAAAAUGGUAAUAAUGGUUAUCAUAAAGAUCAUUUAUAUGGUGUUCACAACCCAGUUAUGACAAGUGCACCGCGAUGUUGAUAGGUGAUGUUGAAAUGGCUUGGGCCUCAAGACUCCCAAAGUGGAAAGGAUCACGGACUUCUGGUGGUGUCUGGGCCCAGAAGAACUUUCCAAAUCAGGAGGAACUUUGGUGGCAACACUGACUCGGGCGGCCCCCAGCGUGAGCGUCAUUGGUCUGUGGGUGGUACUUUGUUAGGAGUGACACGAUCACAUUCACAGUCCAUCUGUCCAUCACUAUUUAAGCAUACUUCUCCCCUCCUCUGUUUCUUUUCCUUUUGUACUUUUUUUUACGAUGAAUUUCUAUGCAGACACUACAAUAUAUGCAUGUUUGUUCCUAACAGACGUAUUUCUGUGUCUAACAGCUGUUCGGAUGAGAUAGCUGAGUUCCUAACUUACUUCCACAUGUGGAGUGUGCUAAACACGUACCAGUUUACAGAAAAGAUGUAUUUUUUGUAUAGUCAAUUGUAUAUAUCUUCUACCCAGGAAGAGCUUUUUAAACAAAUGAGUAUAUUAGUCUUCUAAAUGAGCUUACUAUCAGGUCAGUGUUGAUUUACUGGUGCUGUUGGAAAUAAUCCAUUUUCGCUAAAAGUGUGUGAAGUCUACAGCAUAUCUUCCCACUUGGAUUUUCACCUGCUUUGUCAAUGAUUUGUCAUGAUGUUUAGAAACAGAAUACAAAAGCAAUCACAGAGAAAUCUGCUUGACUUCUCCACUGGCACAUUUAAAAUGAGAGAGAGAGAAAGAGAGAGAGGGAUAGAAUAUCUCAAGAGAAAGAAAUGAUGCUCAUCAGAAAGUGGAGUUGUGUUAACAGAUGCCAAUUACAGCGUACGCUUUAAUGAAGUUUUUUCAUUCAGAAGGAUAGGCAUCAAUUGGAGGGUCAUCUGAUUACCGGACAGUGAAAUGCAAAUACACGUCAUGGUUCUUAGACUUUGUAUCCAACAUGAAUGAAGCCUUUGAGUUCAGUCACAUGAAAGCACAAGUUAGUAUGUAUUUAUUUUGGGAUGAGUCAGGUUGGAUUUGUUAUUUUCAAAAGUGAUCAGCAAUGAAAAGCUGGUCAAACCAAAGUGAGCUUCUUUUCAUGUUCGGAUCACAGUCCUGAUUCAUUUCAAUAAAAAGGACUUUGGAAAACA